AUGGAUUUCCUCCGGCUCCAUCUCCCUGGGCUGCAUCAGGCCUUGCGGGGGGCACUGGAUUCUCUAAACACCUUUGUCUCCUACCUUUUGGGAGAUGAGGUUCCCACUGCCACUGCCACUGCCGCUGCUGGGGGGAGGGAGACUCGGGCAGCUGAGGAGCUGGGGGAACUGGCUGCAGGAAAGCCUGGGAAGAUUGUAGAGGAAGAAGCGCAGGAGGCCUUGGAGGGCCUUGGAGGUAGCCAAAGCAAGGGGAAGGCAGGACUGAAAAGCCCUGAAGAGAAUGAAAGAUGCCAUGAGGGAAAGUCAGCUAUCGAACAGACCUGCAGUUGGGGAGAAGGCAGGUCACACAGGUCCCAAGCUAACAGGCUGGACCCUGGGGCUUGGGAGGUAACCAAGGCUUCCAGGUGCCAGGAAUUAAGCUCCCCCUUGGAGGUCCUGAAGGAUUCUGAGUCAAAGUCUGGGGCUGAGCAAGAUUGGAGCAGCCAAGCCCAGGAAAGUCGAGCGCCCAAUGAUCAGGAAGCGAACCAAGAGACACUGAGAACCAGGGAGGAGGAAGAGGUCAGGACAAGAGAACCAGGGGUGGCUGGAGGGGUGGAGUCUGAAUGGACCCAGCACAGGGAACCUGAAGGGAAAGUCACUGCUGCAGGACCAAGGGUGGCAGAGGAGAGCCAGCAGACUGAACUGGAAGACAGGGAAGCUGUUGUAGAGGAGAACCAGGUAUUUGGGUUCAAAAGAACAGGGAGGGAAGAGGAAGUGAGGUAUAGCCCAAGCACACUCAUACAGGGUGCAAGGGAGCCAGGGACGGAGGGUGAGGAUGGGGCCAUCUCAGGCAAAUGGGAGGUUCAAACAGCACCAAACAGGGAGGAGGCCAGGACAGCCUCAGGAGGGGUGGAGGCUGAAGCAUCUUCAGGAGGGGAUGAGACCAGGGCCACUUUAGACAGAGAAAAGAGGGACUCAGCUUUAGGAGAGGAAACAGGAACAAUCUCAGGAGGGGAGAAUGCUGAGCAAGAGACUGGGACAACCUCAGGCAGGAAGGAAACAUAUACAGGCUCAGAGGUAGAGGAGGCCUAUAUUAGCUCAGACAGGGAGGAAGCCUGGACAACCUCAGACAGGAAAGAUACUGAGACCACAUCACACAGGGAGGAAGUCUGGAUCACAUUGGGUACAGAGGAGACUGGUACAAGCUCAGGUGGGGAGGAGAUAGGGACAACCUCAGGUGGGGAAGAGGCUGAAGAAGAGACUGGGACAACCUCAAACAGGGAGACAACAUAUACAAGCUCAGGUGUGGAGGUGGCCUGUACAACCUCAGAGACAAGAGAGGCCUGGAUUAUCUCAGAUAUAGGGGAUACCUGUACAACUUCUGAUAGGGAGGAGGCUGGGUCAACUUUAGACACACAGGAGGUCUGUACAGCCUCAGAUAGAGAGGAGGUUGGAACAACAUCAGACAUAGAGAACUGUAAAACCUCAGACAGAGAGGAGGGUCAGACAAUCUCAGACAUAGAAGAGGCCUGUACAAUCUCAGAUAGAGAGGAGGCUGUGAAAACCUCAGACACACAGGAAGUUGGGACAACUUCAGGCAUAGAAAAGGCCUAUGCAACCUCAGACAGAGAGGAGGCUGGGACAACCUCAGAAAUAGAGGAGGCCUGUGCAACCUUAGAGAGGGAUGAGGCUGGGACUACCUCUGACAUAGAGGAGGCCUGUACAACUUUGGGCAUGAAGGAGAACUGGAUAAAUUCAGGCAAGAAGGAAACCGAAACUACUUCACUUGGGGAAGAGGCUGGAAUCACCUCAGGAGAAGAGAAGUCUGGAGCUACCUCAUGUGAGGAGAAGGUUGACUUUCUAGGAGUCAGGGAGAGAGAUUAUGGGGCAGUACCAGAAGGGAUUCCAGAGGGUAUUGGGAGAGUCUGGUCCCCAGAGGGAGACUCCAGUGGAGACCAGGAGGAGGUGGACGAGAAGAAAAAGGCAGAGAAGAGCCAGUAUGACCAACAGAGCCAGCCACUGGGAAUUGAGGCUGAGGAAGGACUGACUCAGGACCCGAGGGCAGGGAGAGAGGAGUCAGACAGAUCAGGCCAGGCCAAUGCUGAUGGGAAAGAGGCACGGGGCAGGCAAGAUUCAGGGAUCACAGCUGCAGUGGUUAUAGAGGGGAUACAGGCUGAGGAGACCAAGGAGAGAGAAAUCUCCUGGGUCAUAGAGCCUGAACUUCCCCAUGACAGAAAGGCACAUGAGACUGAAGGUGAAGCUAAGGUGGAGGCAGACCUAGAGGUCCAGGUGCUCACAGGGGAGAGGAGUGAGGAAGAGUCUUGGAUGGAUCAGGAAAUUCUGCAUGAGACCCCUGAAAACCAGAUCCCUGAGCUGAUGCAAGGCUCGCUGACCCCAACAAAGCAGUCUGAGGAAGGACAGGGUCACAACCAAGAGCUCCAGAGCUGUCUGGGCCCAAUCAAAGAAGAGGUAGAAAGGAGGCUUGAGGAACAUACCAGCUCUGAGGAAGAAGUCUGGGGGGACCAGAGGACAGGGGAUUUGGAGAGAGGGCAUGCCUUGGAGGACAAAGCAGACUCAGAAGAUGAGGAGGAGGACACUGGUAGCCAAGUUCUGGGGUCUGAGGGGGAAGGAGAUCUGGGGUUUGCACUAGCAGAGACCCCCAAGGCUGGUGGGAAGGGAUACAGAGUAGAGUGGGGAGGAGUCUCUACAGAGAACCAAGAGCAGGGUGGGUUGCCGGAAGCAAAAGGAGGGCCAGGCUUGCCUCAGGGAGAGAUGUGUGCUCGAGAAACUGAGGAGGAGGCAAUGGAGGCAGAGCUGCCCUGGAGGGCAGACUGGGAACUGAGGGAAACUCUAAGUAGCCAGGACAUUCUGGUCACAGGGGCAGUACAACCCCAAAAUGGGAGGGCUGAAGGACUUGGGGAGGUGCCAGGAAGAGAGUGGGGUGUCUGUGCAGGAGGUCUGGAGUCUACAGGGAGAGAUGACUCUGGGGGAGAUGAGGGGCCCCUGGUGGCUGAGGAGAGAGGUGAAGAAAGAGAGGUGGAGGGCCUUACAGAACAGGAGCUAGGAGGCAUUGAGGACCGCAGGGAGGCUUUCGAGGUUCUAGAGCCAGUAGAGGUUGAAGUGUCUGUGGUGGCAGAAGGAAAUGGCGCCAUGGCUGGGUUCACAGUGGGCCCCCAGGGAGUGAGCACAGAGGGAGUCAAGGCUAUAGCAGAGUCUGGAGGGCCCCUAGAGUCAGGAAUAGGGGCUGAGGGGUGGCAAGUGGGGGAGCAAGGGCAGGGCAUGGAGGAGUGGGGAAACCCACCAGAGAGCAAGGCACAAAGAGCUCUGGAGAUGGAGGAGAUGGAGAUGACUGGAGCUCAGAGGGCGGGCGCUGAGGAGGCCGUGGACCCCCGAAGCCAGGAGGACACUGAGGACCAGGAGGGAGAUUCACUGCAGCGCUUGGAGGCUGUGCCCGGGCCCUGCGGAGAGGCCCACGUUGGUGCAGAAGAAGCUGAAUCUCAUGGCUGCUGGACUGAGGCCCUGCUCCCUGCGUCUCGUCUGGAUGUCUCCAUGUCCCGAAGUCGGGUUCUGCUCUCCCGCAGCUCUUCCCAGCGUCGCUCACGGCCGUCUUUCCGUCAAGCCCCCACCUUGGACAGACAGGAGGAACCUCCCAGCCCCCCACUGGGUGAAAGGGGCUUUGCCCCACAGCAACUUGAGGAGCCCUCACAGCCAAGUACUCCAAGGUCUGAAGGGACCCCAGUGCCAGUGAGGAAGAGGCCGCUGGGACAUGGGUUCGGCCCGGCACACUCAGGCAUGAUGCAGGAACUGCAGGCCAGACUUGGCCGGCCAAAGCCUCAGUGA